GUUUAAGAUUCGCGGGAAAAGCGAAGAAGAGAGAGAGAAGGAUUUGCAAGUGGGAUUCUGAUCUAACUUUGAACAAUGGCAGAAAAACCAGAAGAUUUGAAUCUUCCUAACGCAGUUAUUUCACGCCUGGCAAAAGAUGCUCUCCCUGAAAAUGUUAACAUAUCCAAAGAAGCCAGAACUGCCAUAGGAAAAGCUGCCAGCGUCUUUGUUCUUUAUGCUACAUCAUGUGCAAAUAACUUUGCACAAAAACAGAAGAGGAAGACAUUAACUGCACCUGAUGUAUUUGAAGCUUUAGAGGAAAUGGAAUUUGAGCAGUUCAUUAAACCUCUUAAAGAAAGCUUAGCUUUGUUCAGAAAGGAACAAAAAGGUAAAAAGGAAGCAGCAGCUGAAUCAAAACGAAAGAAGAGUGAUACUGCAUCUGAACCAGAACCAGAAUCCAAACGUCAAAAAACAGAAUCUGAUGACAAGGAGAAAUUGAAAGAAACUAAAACAGGAGGAGCAGAUAAAGAUACAGAAAAUGAAGAAGAUCCUUAGGCAGUAAUGAUCAUUUAGAGAGUAAAAAAUAACCAAGGAUUGUUGUAGGUACACAGCCAUUCUGAAUUGUGCAGCUACAUUUAGAUGGUUUGCAUUACUUUUCAUUCAGAUGGGUAGUAAAUUAUUCUGAUCUUUUACGUUAUUCUCCUGCCAUGACAUUUCCCGAUGAAAACCCUGUAACAAUGACAAAGGAGAUAUACAACCACACUGCUAUUUAAUGAUAAUGUUUGCAAUAUUCUGAAACAGUCUUCUUGACUGUAGCCAUGACUGAAAGUUGUCUAAAAAUUCAUGGAAACAGUGAAGGAAUUUUACAAUAUCUUCAGAGUAUGAAAUUUGUGGCUAGUGCAAGUGAGACCACUUCAGGUGAAAAUACAUUUUUAAGUUAGCCAAGAAUAAGUCUUAGUUCUCUUUUCUCUCUUUCCUCCUUCCCUAGACACAAAUUUCACUUAUUUGAGAUUUUUACUAUUAGCAGUGAAUACUUGAAAGAACCACCCUGCCCAUGGCCUACCCACUAUCCCAAGAUGUUUGUUGGGUCAAGUUGGGUGGAUUGUGUUUUUAAGGAGAAAGAUAAGAGUCCAAUCAAGUUAUAUAAUAAGUUUGGUCCACAAGAUUUAAAGAAAGAUGUUUCUGCGUCUUGUCACAAGCAUGGGACAAAGAAAAAAUUCUGAGUCCCUAUGAGGAAUCGAACCUCAGACCUUCGGAUUUGUGCUCUGAUGCUCUACCACUGAGCCACAAAGACUCUUCGGUGAGCAGGGUCUCCUACGAAGUUCUAAUGACAUGCAUCCUGCAUACUGCUAGGAUCAGUAAUGUCAAUAGCGUAAUGUUUUUUGACAGAAAAGUAGAGAUGGUAAGUUUUGAGCUCAGUGAAGAAUUAAGAAAGAUGUUUUUUCGUCUUGUCACAAGCG